UUUGUGUCUCCGGCAUCUUGGCAGUGGACGGUGUUCUUUUCCCCCCAGGAGGGGCUGUCUGCUCUCAUUUGUUGUAAUUUUACUUUUGUUGCAAAGGCCAUGUUUUUCUGGAUCUUGCUGAGACUGUUGUGCUUUGCCGAUCUCUCUGCGGCAGCACUAUUUAGUGAGCAUAAAGAGGUCUGCUAUGGCAAGGACUUUUCCAUCACUGGAAUCAGGACCAAGAAGAUAACCUUCACUCCACGCUCCUCUUGGGGGCCCCCAAGGAUUGUUGUCGAGAAUGGAACGGCAGUCGACCCCAGAUACCGGUGGGAAGACGAAAGACUGGAGGUACCAGAGGUGACGGAGAAAGAUGAAGGGGUGUUUACUUUAUCAUUUAAGCAUGGAUUGCUUGAUUACAGGAGUGUCCGUCUCACGGUUGAAGACUGUGCUCGUGAGGUGAAUGUGUAUUAUGGAGAAUCUGAGAGACUUGAGCUCCCACCUUCUGCAGCGCUGUUGGAGUUCUUACCUCAGGGCUCCUCCUCACAGCCUGUCACUGUGUGGGAAAAACCAGAAGCCAAGAAAGUCAGGGGGCGUUACAGGAGUCAGUACUUUGAUCUGGGAAGUGUGACCGGUGCAGAUCUGGGGUAUUACACUGCCCGAGAUGCAGAUCGGAAGUUUAUCUCGAGAACCAAAGUGACUCUUGUAGCCAAAUAUGAAACAUACCACCUUUCCUCAGGUGACGUGUUCAGCCUCCCUCUCAGGAUUCCAACCUCCCAGGUGCAACUGUACUUCACACCCGUAAACGAUGACACAAAACUACUUUUGGUCAGGAAUGGAAUGGUUGAGCAAGACCAAGAAGAAUUCUGGGCACGGACGAAUGUGGACAGUGGGGAGAUUAUAAUUGAGAAUGUGAAACCCUCUGAUAGUGGGGACUAUGAGAUCCAAGACGAGAAGAGGAACGUCAUUUUAGUCACCACGCUGGAGGUUGAGGCUCCCGCUUACGCUAAUUAUUUACCUUUGUCUGCGCUUGUGGCCGUCGUGGUGCUCCUGGGCGUUUGCAUCAAGAGAAAAUGCUGCAGGCAAAAACCUGUGCAGACCUACACACAAGAGCAGCCCGCUGCGUAUGGGGAGGUUUCUGCUUACACUCACCCAGUCCCCCCAAGCGUACCGAGUCAGCCCCAGUGGAGUGCAAUGCAAACCAACGUGAACCCUAGUCCUGCAAGUGGGAGGUACACUCCUGUGAAGGGUAAUACACCCAAACCAUCCCCAGCGCCAGGCAGGCGACCAUGGGAAGAGGCUGCUGGCUCCCGUCCCACAGAGGUCGACGAUGGCAUCCCCAAACCACCCGCUUACGGGCAGAUUACAACGCCGCAGCGCCGUCCCUCUGUCGGCGCGCAGGAAUCCGAGGGUUUUUACCCUUCCUUCCCCGUCAACAAAGACUGCCUGCACUCGUCCGACGCGGGAAUCCAGUUCGAGUUUUGGAAGGGCCGUCAAAGCAACGAUUACUUCUCCAGUCUGCCCCUGAGCGAGGACGCUUCCCAGAAGUGCUCCGUCUACACGUCCGACAAGCUCAACUUCCUGUAGAGCCCAACAUCAGCUGGUCCGGUGAAAUUUUACCCCUCCCUCCCCUUUUUAUUUUUGGUGAAAAUAUUGAAGCUGAGUUCAUUUCAAAGUAUUAUAUGGUUUCCUUUAUAGAAAACCAACAUGAUUGCUGUCUCCAGGAUAAAGGUUGGAGGAGUUCUGUUACAGUGAGAUGACCAUGGAGGGGGUCUAGAAGAAGACAUGGUGUGUUCAGUUCAAUGCAAUUUUCUUUUCCUUUUUUAAAUAUUCAGAUAAUUAAAAUUUUUAUUUAAAUUUAAAUUUUAAUUUCAUAUUUGAACUUAGUUUAUGUGGGAGUGAGAAAAGGUUGCCUCCUGAUAAAUUAGUGCAUUAUGGCCCCAAAAAGGUCUCAGUAGCUAUUCAUUAAGGUGGGCAGGGCUCUCAGGUUGCUCAUAUGGUAAAAGAGGUUGCUUCAAGUGUAAGCUGAGCCACACAGACUGGGUUUGAAAUUGGCCGUUGUCAGCUUUUGACAAUGACCAGGAGUCCCCCGCGGCACAACACCUUGGACCUUGGAGGUAGGUGUGAAUAGGCUGGCCAGGAUUUCCUCGUUUCUCCUCUCUCUGUACCCUCGUUCUCACUUGGGUGCCUGAGAGUUACUCAGAUAGCAGCAGGACAGUGUGCGUAUCCUCCAAUUCCAUUUGCCUCCUGGUGUGCUAUAGGACUUGGAAGUGUGUAAAAGUGUGUGUGGUUGCAUGCUUCUCGCCCGACGCUCCUGUGUGGAUAUACAGCGGUUGUCGCCGCAGUGGUGACAAGCUCACUUUGCGUAAUUGGGUGAAAAAAAAAUUGGGUGAAAUAGGGGAAGACUGGACAAAAAGCUGGUUAAGGUGGGUAUAAGGGUGUGUUCUGAUGCCUGAUGUCCCAUUACCUGGGUCGUCAUGGCAACUGCGAGCCGGAAGCAAAAGGAAGGGGCCAGGCGAGUGACAGACAGUGGAGUGGGCGCCCAUUGGAGGAUAGGAGCCCUGCAGCCCUCCCCCGAGUAGCCUGCAGGCUCCUGAUGAAUCACGGGGUCCUCGAGAGUUUUGGGAAUGAGGAAUCCCAGUUUGUUCCUGUCACUGUGGGAUGCUGGCCAUUGUUGGCCGGUUUAGAACCGGUCAGGGCUCAGUUUGCACCCGGAGUCCUUGCCAAAUGAGCCACCCUGAAGCCGUUAUUCGUUGUUUUCUGUGGAGAACCUGUGACAAAGAAUCAGAUUUUAUUUGUUUUAACGUGGAUGUGAAUGGAUGUGACGAAAAAAGUCACUUGUAAGAUGUAUGCUGCUUAACAACUGCAUGGGGAAAAUCCAUUUUGCAGAUAAAUUUUAGCCACUAACAGCCAGCAAUGAGCUCAGGCAGAAUCACAGUAAAACUAUUGUCAUGUUACCUUAUUUGCAUACAGUCCAAACUGGGGGAGUACCCUACACCUGAAGGAGUGCUUUUCUCACCCUCCGAAAAACAUCACUUCCCACCAAUACGGUGAUGUUAGUUUUCUCAGGAAUUUCAUUGUGGCUGCCUUCAGAAAUCCAACAGUUUAAUGCUAUUUAUAUAACAUUUCCAUGUGUAUGUAACAGAAUCUAUAUUCUAGAGUACUAAAAUAGUAUUUAAAUAGCUGUCAGAACUAACAUAUCGGAGUUGUUGACUUUUUGUGAUAGAGUGACUCUUGAAACCACCUGCUUCAAGCAAUCAUGAUUCCGAUUGGUCGCGACCCGGUUUAGCCGGCAUGAAUUGCUGGUCUGCAAGAUAGAGCAGGAAGGAGUGCUCUGACAGCAGGAUGACCCGAAAGGAGCAGGAGAGAGGAUGCUGUGGGGUUCUUUUUUUUUUUUUUUUGCAUGGAGGCCACUUUUUAAUAUCUCUAAUGAAUAUAAGGAUGAUUUUCUUGUUGCCUUGGCAGCGCUGCUUAACCUGACACUGCUGAGGCUCCAGUUACAGAGCGAAUGCAGUAUAUGGUGCUGUGUUGCAGCUGUCUCUCACCCCGUCAGGACAGUCCAGGGGCACUCUCACAUCUUGUUUGUGCGACCGUUUGAUUCGAACAGAAGCGCGGUUUGGGUUCUUUCGGAACCGGGACCAACCUUGAGGGGUGGCCCCACACCGAUAAGAAACUGAACCAGGAGUGUUUGUAAUUUUAAUCCAUUGAAGAUUUAAUCUGCAUUAAGACUGGAAGUGGGGGGAGGUCAGAGCACUUUCCUGCCAACUCAGUCUACCUCAGAAACACGCAGUGUGGCAGCGCAUCCGUCUGUGUGUGCUGACACAUGUCCUAAAAAGCUGGAGAGCGGCCAGACUGCACAUCAAGUGCAGUUUGUCUUCAUUAUGCAAUCAUAUCAUAACCGCCUUGCAACCAGCCAGCAAGGAGCCCAAACCACAUUCAAGGGAGUCAGUGUUACUGCUUCCCAUGAACCCUCAGGAUUACUACAGGUUACGCCUUCUGUGCCACGCACUGCAGAAUGUAAAUAUUCACCGUGUGCCGUGUGUCGUUCAUCACGAAACACUUGAUUAGGGUAGGAGCCGUGUGUCUGUAAAUUGUGAAUUUUUUACUAUUAUUGUGGAACCUGUCAUUUAAUAUAGCAUUAGACUGCACGCGUUAACAUCCAAAUUAAAAAGCAUUUUACGUGUUUGUGAAGUGUUAUCGUCUGUAUUCCACAACAAAGAACAAGUGUAUGGUGAUAUGUCAUAACAUCCACAUAUAUGAUGUGUAUAUUGCCCAUGACAGGGAAUUUCCCGCAUGGUAGUACUG